AUGGCGUUCGCCCCGAGCUUUGGGUCCUUUGGCGAUUUCCUUUCUAUUGCAAUUCUUAUUAAGGAUAUCGUCCUUGCCCUUGAUGACUGCCGCGGAUCUUCAAAUAAGUACCAGGAAUUGAAACAAGGACUCGAGAUCCUAGGAGAAACGAUCCGUCACGUUGAACAUGCCUAUCAGAAUCCGACGCUUGUGGUGUACAGAGACACUUCUACAACGGCAAUACGCGUUAUCUCCCGGAUCCACCAGUGUCUUGCCGACUUCAACAGCCAAAAGCUACAAAAGUAUGCGACGAGUCUCUCUCCUGGAGGCUCUGGCAAUCCCUUGAAAGAUGUUGCGAGGAAAAUCCAAUUCAAAUUUGACGAGAAGGACAUCGAGAACUUCCAGCGAGAGAUCAUAGGAUACAAUAUGUUGCUAACGACUUUGAUGGAGGUUUCCACAAUGCAUACCAUCGAACGAAACAACGAUAACACCACAAAGCAGAUCUCCGCCAUCGCGUCCCAAACCCAGGAGCUUCAACAACAAAACGGCCGCAAUUCAAGGUAUUUGGUGAAUUUUGGAAAGAAGGUCUUUGCAAGAUUGAAUUUCCUCUCGCGCUUAGCUACAGACAUCCAAAAGUCAACCACUCAGGUUCUGUCUUUGGUUUUUACCAUCUCGACUGGGGUAGCUGAGCUUCGGUCUAUGAUUAUGAAGAUUGAAUGGCCUCUCGGAGGUGAACAUUUCAUUCUUGAAGACGCGACCGGCCGGGCCUUUCCUAUCCCUCUGAAGACAGUGACGUCUUGGGACUUAUUUGAAUACAUUCUUCAGGAACACUUCAAGGGCAGGACGGGCGCGCACCGGGUAUUGCGCAGGCGAUACUUGCUCAGUGAGCGCACGACUUCUACAGAUGUUGAACGCACUACAGCUUGGGAAAAUGCUUUCCGACCUUACCAGCGGAUAGAUAUGAGUAUCAUGUGCAAGGCAGCAGCGACAGAGAUCGAUCUUGAUCAAUCAUCCACCUGCCCGUUCUGUGGCAGAAUGUCAACAAGUGGCAUGGACGUCCAGGUAAAAUGCCAAAAUUGCAACAUGUUCUACAGAAGGAUCGUCAAUCUCGAAGAGGAUGAAGACAGCUUGAUGGCCGCACCAAUGCCACCUCAACAACAGAGAGCUCCACAGUUUGGACAACCUUCUUUCGGUCCUACACCACCUCAGGAUCUCUGGAGAAAACGUCGACGAAGCCGCGAUCCAGAGAGUGAGGGUGAAGGUACAUGCAAUGAGUGCCAUCGACCGAAGCGAUCGAAAUAUCAAGGCAAUAACAAACGGAAGGCUGUUGAUGAGGCCGAGUCCGGGUCUGAUGAGGAAGACUACAGGGGCCUAAGCCGUAUUACCCUGGUGUCCCGCCGGAAACGACUGAAAGAAUCUAAGAACGCUUUUGCAGACUUUUGGGCCACUGACACGAAUGGAGUGAGUUUCACGGCUUAUGCGCAGGAAUCUUCACCUAUGCCUGCAGCUCAUAGCCAGGAUUUGCCGGACAGGAGACUGCUCUGGUCUCGUCCGGAAGAUGGCUGGAAGUGGUCUGAGAAGGCAAUUGGCGAAAAUGCUGCGCUGAAAACCGGUGUCGACAGCGAAAAUCCAUUUAGUGACUCUGGGAUCUCCAGUCCAGAGCAGAGUGAGCAGAGCCGACAUGCUUCUGAAGAGAAGGAUGAUGGAAAUCCCAGUGAUGAGCAUGGGUCAUCAUCUCUAAAUGAAAAGCAAUCCGGCACCAGUGAUGCAAGUUACCAGUACCAAGAGAGAACGCCUUCCCCUUCCCGACCUUACUAUUACUAUUCUGAAUCGAGUCGGCGGCCUUCAACAAGAGCACAUUAUUCUCGAUAUGCCAGCACAUACUCCACCCCGCCACCGUUCUCUCCACGGUACACCAGUGAUGGGUAUUACUCAGCCUCGUCCAUACGCGAUUAUGCUUCCACCAAAGACAAGAACCAAGACAAGAACGUCAAGCCUGGUGGCACCACCUCUGCAGAUCCCGAAAGGUCGAGUUGGCGGCGAUACCGCCGAAGCUCCUAUUCAUACUACCGCGAGGAUGAUGACGCUCACAACCACGAAGAUGAGAACGAGUAUGUAGAGGUCAAUGGUGUCACUUACGUCAUACCAGCGAAGUCAAAGUCGAAACGACAUCAUUAUAUAAGGGACGACGAUAGUGAAUCUUAUGGUGUUUUCAGCCGCUUCCCUGCCUACCCUGACGGGCAUAAAAGUCCGCGUCACGCUGCGGAGCCUCGUCGGCGGCGGGCUGCGCAUUCAGUAGCGGCUCAACCUAAAGCUCCGCCUGCAAAAGCUCCGCUUGUGAAGAGCAAGGCAACCGACGCGGAUGCAAAAAGACAUGGGAUUCCCGCGGGCUACUCCCUCAAGAACUGGGAUCCCGACGAGGAGCCAAUACUUCUCCUGGGUUCUGUCUUUGAUGCCAAUACUCUAGGGAAAUGGAUUUACGACUGGACCGUGCACACACACGGGGUCGCAACACCGGUCUCAGAGAUGGCGGGUGAGCUGUGGCUCCUGCUGAUCCAAAUGGCAGGCAAGAAGAAGCGCAGCGAAGAGACUGUUCCUCGAAUCCGGUCUUCGGAUGGUCGGGAGUUAGUCGAGGAUUUUAUCGAAUCCGGCGAGCGUCUUUUCGACAAGCUUCGAAAGGUGCUUAAAAUUUGUGAGAAACAAAUGCUUUCAGCAGCGAAGAACGAGGCAAAGGAGACCAGAUCCGCCCCGUUGGCCUCAAAGACCGGCACGGAGUUUGUGAAGACGAUAUUCGGAAAAGAACGGGAGCUCGAGAAAACCGAAAGGUUUAUGCAAUCUGUUCGUCUCUGGAACAUGCGCUUUGAUGCCAAUUGUGAAGAUAUAAUCAAGCGGCCAACGCAAUGA